GCAUAUGCUUAUGUCAGACGGGGAGAGAGAGAGAGAGAGAGAGAGAGAGAGAUAGAAUGAAACACGUUUCAUGUUUUUACGUUGAGAAUCUGUCUGUGCGCAUUAGUUGUGUUAUUUGUCUGCAGGCUGACCAUUUGUCCAGGUAAAUCUAUUUAGAUAGUGUGGUAUCUUCUCCUCAGCAGACGGUCAUUAGCGGUCCUAUUGGAGUGUUAUUUACAGUACAAUUACUUUAGCCAUGGAGGACCCAGAAUUGCGUCAACUAAAGCUGGACAAUCAGCGUUCACUUUUGAUGAAGAAGCAGCAGAGAAGGAGGGCCGAUACCCAAAUGGUCACAGCCAAUAGGGACGCUCGACCCAAGAAAAGCAAGCAGAAGACUGGAGCAGAUGACACAGACCUGUUGAUUACUCAAUCCCAGAGCAACAACUCCUUAAAUGCUGAAGAAGCCCAUGAUAACCCACUGGAGGAAAUUACUCUGGGAGAGCUCAGCCUAAAAACCACUGAUGCUACAGAUGAGAUGCCCCCCGAGAAACCCAUCAUCACCAAAACUAUAGAUGUGGAAAUUGACAGCCAGCCAAAGCCUAAACUUAGUACAGAAAAUGAAGGCCCAGCAGAAGUGAAAAAGAAAGAGAAGGAGAAGAAAGAGAAAGGUGUGAAAAAGGAGAAGGCGCAAGCAAAACAGUUAGAACAGAAUGAGGAUAAGGGAGAGGAGAAAGAGAAGGAGAAAGAGAAGGAGAAGCGAGAGAAAAAAACAAAGAAGGACAAAUUGAAAGGACACACCCCAAGUAAAGAGAAAAAAAACAAGACUGAUGAACAAGAGGCAAACACUAUCACUAAGUCUCCAGCUAUUCAGAUAGAUUCCGUAGUAGAGUUUGAGACGCCAGAAUGGGACAGUGAUGGUGAGAGAAAGGAUUGGUCAAAAAGCCCCAUCCCAGGAACACCCAAGAAAAAACAACACCUCAACACAUCAAGGUGCCAAAUAAGUGACAAUGAGAGGGAGGAAGAUGAAAUUCUUGAAAGAGAGAAAAAAGAGAAAACUCCAAAAAAGACUAAAAAAGCUGAGAAAGCCAAUCGCGCACUGCUUAACUCCAACUACAGGCAGCAGGACACCUCAGACAGCCACGACAACAUUGGAAGAGUGACAACUCCUGUGUCAGUUGAAGAUCUUGAAAAGUUUGCCCUGCAUCCGGCCCCUAGAGAUACGACAAUCCAGUGCAGAAUCACUCGGGACAGGCGGGGCGUGGAGAAAGGAAUGUACCCCACUUAUUAUCUCCAUAUGGAGAAGGAGGAUGGGAAGAGGGUGUUUUUAAUGGCAGGCAGGAAGAGGAAGAAGUGCAAAACCUCCAAUUAUCUCAUUUCCAUUGAUCCAACAGAACUUUCCAGAGACACAGACAGUUAUAUAGGCAAACUAAGAUCAAAUGUGCUAGGCACCAAAUUCACAGUGUUUGACGGCGGGGAUAACCCAGAUAAGAAGCCUUUCGUCAAAGAGUGUGAGUCAGUUCGGCAAGAGCUUGCCGCAAUCUGUUAUGAGAAGAAUGUUCUAGGUUUCAAAGGCCCCAGGAAAAUGACGGUGGUUAUUCCUGGCAUGAUGGAGAAUGAUGAGAGAGUGUGCAUUCGUCCAAAAAGUGAUAUAGAGUCUCUGCUCUCCCGCUAUGAGAAUGGUAACACUGACAACCUAGUGUGCCUCAUGAACAAGUCCCCCAGCUGGAAUGAACAGACACAGUCCUACGUUCUCAAUUUCCACGGCCGAGUCACACAGGCCUCCGUCAAAAACUUCCAAAUCGUUCACCCUGACAACGAGGACUACAUUGUGAUGCAGUUUGGUCGGGUGGCAGAGGACGUAUUCUCCAUGGACUAUAGCUUCCCUAUGUGUCCCCUGCAGGCCUUUGCCAUCACGCUCUCCUCCUUCGAUGGCAAACUGGCUUGUGAGUGAUACCAAGUGUGGACAACUCAAUCAAGCAGAAGCAGAGCCUUAAUGGCUUACCCUUACAAUUAUAUCACAGUAUUAAUUGUCAAUGUGCAUUCCAGGUAGUAUCGGAUAAGUGUUUGAUAUUUUUCAACACCUGAGAUUACAGAAAGUAUUUUUUAGAUUUUACGAAAAAUACGUAACAACUAAUCAACGUCAUUGAGUAUAGGUUAUGAUUCAGUCUCAAUAAGGAACACAUAUGACUAAAUGUUAUCUGAAAAACAGCAACUAGGUCCUCUGAAUUAUAUAUUGUGCUUAGAUGUCUGGUAGAUGUAACCACUAGAAUGACAUUGUUGCACAGCAUACCUGUUUUGUGCAGGCUGUUUGAUCAUAUUUGAACUGAAACAUUUUUAUAAGAAAUAUGUAUAAUAAAUAUGUCCAAUUCAUUUAUUUAAUAUUGAUUGCAGUCUUAAGGCUCCGCUCCACAUUAUCAAAGUGUAACAUAUUCAUGUUUUCCAUUUUUUUCUACAUUCCACAUAAUCUCAUAUGUGCAACAUACACUGAGUAUACCAAAUAUUAGGAACACCACCCCUGUUGCCCUCAGAACGGCCUCAAUUCGUCAGGGCAUGGGCUCUACAAGGUGUCGAAAGCAUUCAACGGGGAUACUGACCCAUGUUGACUCCAAUGCUUCCCACAGUUGUGUCAAGUUGGCUGAAUGUCCUUUG